CAAAUACAAAGUAGCAGCGAUCAACGGACUCUAAAAUAAACGAGAUAAUCCUAAUUUGUAGGCAAUCCAAACUGCUUCCUAAGAAUAGGAGUUCCACUACUUAUUUGCAGAUAAUUAAACAUCAAUAAUUAAUAAAAUUAUUUCCUAAAAGAUGUUCCGAUCGCUGCACCAAUCAAAUGCUGAAGCUUUUGUCCUCUUCCUCGCCAUGCCUUCAGGGCCGAGUCCACAGCCUCCGCCCCGGUCCGGCCUCCGAGUUGGCGUCGCCGGUUCUCCAAGUUCUCGGCUCGCUCGCCGGAUUGACUCGGCAGAACUGCCCUGCCUCGGCUCGCCGAGCUUUUUUUUGUUCGAACUCCGGCGACGCGUCUGACCAAGUGAGGGAAGUUGAGUUCAAGGCGGCAGGGAACGAGGCCGACUCCAAGUCCUCCUCUGCCAUUGUGUCCACGAAUCCCCGGCCCAAAGAUUAUCUUACGGUUCUAGCUUUGCCAUUGCGGCAUAGACCGCUGUUUCCGGGGUUUAACUUGCCAAUUUAUGUGAAGGAUCCCAAAUUGUUAGCAGCAUUACAAGAAAACCGAAAGCGGCGAGCUCCAUAUGCCGGUGCUUUCCUUCUCAAGCUUGAGCCGGGGACCGAUCCCAGUUUGGUAUCAGGUUCCGAGACAGAUAAAAACAUACAUGAAUUGAAAGGGAAGGAGUUGUUUAGUCGACUACAUGAAGUCGGGACGCUUGCACAGAUUUCAAGCAUCCAAGGAGAUCAAGUAGUCCUUAUUGGCCAUAGCCGGCUUCGAAUUACAGAGAUGGUUGAUGAAGAACCCCUGACUGUAAAAGUUGACCAUCUGAAGGAUAAACGAUAUAACAAAGAUGAUCAUGUCAUAGAUGCAACAUCGUUUGAGCUUACAUCAUGUUUUAUAGAUCAUGUCAUGACUUGUUCAGAUUGGUUAGAUCAUGUUAAGACAUACACUCAGGAUAUACGUGAUCUUAAUAUUCCAAGGUUUGCAGAUUUUGGAGCUGCAAUAUCUGGUGCAAACAAAUUGCAAAGUCAAGAAGUGCUUGAAGAGCUAGAUGUGCAUAAACGUUUAAAGCUCACUUUAGAACUGGUGAAGAAAGACAUAGAAAACAGCAAGAUUCAGGAGUCUAUUGAAGAAGCAAUUGAAGAGAACAACUCGUUGGAUGAGCAUCUUAAAGCCAUCAAAAAAGCAAUCAAAGAGAAUAACUUGUUGAGUGAGCAGCUUAAAGACAUCAAAAGGGAACUGGGUUUAGAGACAGAUGAUAAAACAACACUUACCGAUAAGUUUAGGGAGAUGCUUGAACCAAACAGGGAAAACUGCCCACCUCAUGUUUUGCAAGUUAUAGAGGAAGAACUUACAAAACUGCACCAGUUGGAGGCCGGUUCAAGUGCAUUUAAUUUGGCACGUAAUUACCUAGAUUGGUUGACUUCAAUUCCCUGGGGAAAAUACAGUGAUGAGAACUUUGAUGUUCUUCGGGCACAAAAAAUUCUCGAUGAAGAUCAUUAUGGACUAACUGAUGUAAAGGAAAGGAUUUUAGAAUUUAUUGCCGUUGGAAAACUCAGAGGAACCUCUCAAGGAAAAAUCAUCUGUCUCUCUGGCCCACCUGGAGUGGGCAAAACCAGCAUUGGUCGUUCAAUUGCACGUGCCCUGAACCGCAACUUCUUUCGGUUUUCUGUGGGAGGGUUAUCUGAUGUUGCUGAAAUUAAGGGGCAUCGUCGAACCUACGUUGGUGGUAUGCCAGGAAAGAUGGUACAAUGCCUUAAAAAUGUGGGAACAGCUAACCCUUUAGUUUUGAUAGAUGAGAUUGACAAGUUGGGAAGGGACCAUGUUGGUGAUCCGGCAAGUGCUUUGUUGGAGCUUCUUGAUCCUGAGCAAAAUGCUAAUUUUCUAGACCAUUAUCUUGACGUUCCAAUCGACCUAUCAAAGGUUCUGUUUGUAUGUACAGCCAAUGUUGUAGAGAUGAUACCAAAUCCUCUCUUGGAUAGAAUGGAGGUCAUUUACAUAACUGGAUAUAUCACUGAUGAGAAAAUGCAAAUUGCUAGAGACUAUUUGGAGAAGACCACACGUGACGCAUGUGGCAUUCAACCCGAACAGGUUGAAGUGACAGAUACAGCUCUUCUUGCCCUUAUUGAAAAUUAUUGCCGAGAAGCAGGUGUUAGGAACCUUGAAAAGCACAUAGAAAAGAUCUAUCGCAAGAUAGCUCUCCAACUUGUCAGACAAGCAGCAUCAGAUGAACCAGUCGUUUCUGGUCAGAUCCAAUCUCCCCCAGACGGGCCUGCAGGUGUUGAUGUUCAGAUUGCAGAUACUGAUGAAACCCAAGCAGAAGCUGUUGAUAAGUUGGAUCAUAGCGUGGUUGCUAGUAAGAACCAGAUUGCAGCUGAGAUGGUAGAGGGUAACAGUCAUGAGCAUAGUCCUGAAACCUCUGGAGAAGGAGUCGCGAUUCAGACGGAUCUACCAGAUGAACCUGCAGUUGCAGAUACUGAUGAACCCCUGGAUUCAAAGGAUGCAAAAGAAACUGAGAGAAUUCAGGAGGGUGAAACAACAAAAACAGUUGAGAAAGUUUUGGUUGACUCAUCGAACUUGGACCAUUUUGUUGGCAAACCUGUCUUCCAUGCUGAACGAAUCUAUGAUCAGACUCCGGUUGGAGUUGUUAUGGGUCUUGCUUGGACUGCCAUGGGUGGUUGUACGUUGUAUAUAGAGACCACUCAGAUUGAGGAAGCAGAGGGGAAGGGAUCCCUUCAUGUCACUGGUCAACUUGGAGGUGUUAUGAAAGAAAGUACCCAAAUUGCACAUACUGUUGCCAGAGCUAUAUUGCUCGACAAAGAGCCUGAUAGCACUUUCUUUGCGAAUUCCAAGCUUCAUCUCCAUGUUCCUGCAGGGGCCACGCCGAAGGAUGGUCCUAGUGCUGGUUGCACCAUGAUCACGUCCAUGCUCUCCGUUGCCAUGAAGAAACCUAUCAGGAGGGAUCUGGCAAUGACAGGAGAAGUAACGCUAACUGGGAGGAUCCUCCCAAUUGGCGGGGUUAAGGAGAAAACGAUAGCAGCAAGGAGAAGCGAAGUGAAGACCAUCAUACUCCCUGCAUCAAACAGGAGGGAUUUCGACAAGCUUGCCCCUAAUAUAAAACAAGGUCUUGAUGUUCACUUUGUAGAUCACUACAGUCAGAUAUUCAAUUUGGCUUUCAGUGAUGACCCGAAGUAGGAAAAAAUUAUCCUCUUAACAUAUGGUUACGCGUGUGGCAAUUUACUCUUUUGUAUUUUGGUUUAUUGUUUAAAAAAUUAAAUUUACAUGUGUAAAAGAAAAAAAUGAAAUUAAAAGUA